AUGACGCGUUAUGGGCAUUUUGAGUUUUUGGUUAUGCCUUUCGGUUUGACUAACGCACCGGCAGUCUUCAUGAGAUUGAUGAACGACGUGUUCAGGGAGUAUUUGGACGUGUUUGUCAUUAUCUUUAUUGAUGAAUUUCUGGUUUACUCGAGGAGUCAUGAGGAGCAUGCGACUCAAUUGAGGUCUUUUGGAGCACUUUGGAGCAUUUGGGACGUGAGGAGCAAGGAAGGACUUGGUGCAUGGACGCAGCUCAACACACGCAAGGAGAAGGAGGAAGUCAUCUUGAAGCCAGCUCGACCACCUACUCGACCAUCCGGUCGAGUUCCUCAACUCGACCGGCCAAGUUCAACUCGAUCGAGCUGA